AUGGCUGGCGGAAGUGACCCUCCCUCUUUCUUGUUUUCUUUCAUCGCUGGAGACGAGAACAAGCGCCGUGGGUCCGAGCACGACGAGCCCUUGUACGGCCCGUCCAGAGAAGAACGUCCCCGCAAGCGCAGGCUCUGCGAGCCAGACGUUGUUCACCUUGCAUCCUAUCCACACCCUUCCUCUCAGAAUAUACGAAUACCCCGCCCAGCACACGCUUCUUCAGUCUACCCCUCCCCACCAUUGUCUGCUUUCUCACCGUCUAUUUCUCUCCCCGUCGUCGACGCCACCGACCGCUGCGCCAGCACUCCGGCCUGUCUCGAUCGCGCGCGCAACGAGAUCAUGCCUUUCGACCUUGAGCCUUAUCGACCACCGCCCUCGCCACCACCGACUCUGCCCACAGCGACUCACGAGCUUCCCGAUUCUGAUGCGUCACACGACCAGCCUCCACUACAACGGCCUCGCAUAUUCCCGGACUAUAGCGCAGACGGUGGCGAUUCCCAGGCUCUAGCCAGAGAGCCUUCCCUGCUUACGCCUGUAUCGCCGACCGACGACAAAGGACUGCUCGCCACGCCCUUUGCUACUGCCCAUCAUGGAGACGCUUCUGAAUCGAACAUGCCGAGAGAAAUCCUCGAGGAGGCCUCGCACCAGCCAUCCUGGUUCGCGCUGCAUGAUGCACCUUUCACUGCCUCCCCGCUACAGGACUUUCAUCCCUUGAGUGGGCUGCGCAUGCAGAUACCGCACCAACACGUCUCUGUUGGUCCGGAGACCACAGCCUCCAUUGAUGCCCAUACGACCAACAUCUAUGCCCGGGACUCCAUCGAGUUGCGUCGCCGCGACGAGGACGAGCUCCUCACGCCUUUGACGCCUACGCCGCCUGACGAUUAUAAGCUUCCCCGAACUUCUGAUCUGCUGUCCCGCUCGGAGCCCUCACACGCCGAUCCUAAUAUCGAUCUCGGAGACCGUGCCAGCCCCCCUGAAUCUACGGCACCCGCAACGCCUAUGCCCGUUCUAGACGGCAGCCUGUGGGGCUCGGUGGCACAUACGCAGGAUGAUCAUGAGCAUGAGUUGCAGCCUAUGGAUGUCGAUGACACGCGCGGGAAGGACGGACGGACCUCCCCACUCUUCUUGCAAUUCAUCGAAUCCCAUCUCCAUGAACAUGACCAUGACCAAGACCCUUACCACGAGGAUGCCUUUUGCGCUCCGACUAGCGCCGAAGCUUCUGGGCACCGACGCCACAACGAUGCCAAUGCCACGCCGCACGAGUACGAACAAGAACUCGAUCCCGACGCAUCGCCGCGAUGGACCUCGCUCGAGCUCGAUGACGACAUCGAGUUCGGUUCGCCGUCUUCGCCUUCCAGGCGUAGCUCGUCAUCCCUCCCUGAGCUCGACUUCGACGAUAGCGAUGGGUACCCUUCGCCCUCGCGCCGCUCAUGGUCAACCUUGCCCAGCCUUGAUCUCGAUCUCGACCUCGAUCCCCCGGAAACGCCCGGAUCGCCGAAACACAAUUGCUCGCCGCGUCUGCUGUCUCUACCAGGCGCAGAACUUGACGACGAGCUCUUCUCUUUCGAUAGCAUCGGUGCUGCCGAGCCCGAGCCUCCACCUUCCCAGGGAUCCGGUCUUGGUAUAUACGUCCCCAUCGCACCCGCACCCGUCGACCCAGAAACGAUACCCACGGAGACGCAAUUGGACUUGAACUUCUCUCCCGAAGCUUGCGCGCUCGUUGACGCUGAAGAGCUAGAGAAGCUUUUGUCUCUACGUCGGCGAUCAUGGUUCCUCGAACGUAACGCGAAGCGCGCAGAACUCGAAGCGGCCGACGAAGUUCGUUCGCUCGCCGCUGGCCUGCGUCUAUCUCCGCCCGUACCAAAUGCUCUGGCCGAGUGCGACCGCGACACGGGUGUCCUGCGGCCACCGCCCGCUGGUGACGCUGGUGCUAUCCGCCGCGAUAUCCAGCAGCUUGACGCGAAGCGCGCCGAGGCGAGGCGGGACAGGAAGGCGUUUAAGGAGCGUGGGAAAGAAGUGCAGUGUUUAUUGCGGUUCAAGCUCGGGGAGACGGUGUCGGAGAGGGAUCAGAGUGGCGUUGAAAUGCAAGAUGGCAUCGUUGGUGGGACGGGCGGCAGGCCGAGGAGAGCGAAGACGGUGAUCAAAAGUAUGCCGCAUCUCGUCGCGCGCAUGGUUUUGAAGCGACAUGAGGCGGGCAGUCGACCGCUCUCGGGACGACAGCUGGUCUACGACCGUCGACCGUCUCUCCUCUCGCGCGCGGACGAUGUGGUCAUCGGAGAAGAAGACGACGACGAUUUGAUGAUGAACGAUUGA